AUGGGACCAAAAAAAGAAACAAAAGAGGCUUCGGCUUCAGCAAAAAAGAAAGAUACUCCAACUGCUACAGCAACAGCUAGUGCCAAAAAACCUACAAAACCAACAGGUAGUGCAACAACAACUACUACGAAAGUAGUUACUAAAGAACGUAAAGAAAAGGUUAAAACAACGGCACUUAAAGCUAAACAACGAGUUGUUCGUGGAAAUCAAUUAACACGUAAGCGUAAAAUAUAUACGAAACCAAGAUUUCGUCGUCCAUUUACACUUCGUUUACAACGUCAACCAAAAUAUCCACGACGAUCGGUACCAAAACGAAAUCGUCUUGAUCAUUUUGCUAUUGUUAAAUAUCCGUUAACAACAGAAUCGGCUAUGAAAAAAAUUGAAGAUAAUAAUACAUUAGUAUUCAUUGUCAAUAUUCGUGCCAAUAAACCAUUAAUUAAACAAGCCGUCAAAAAAAUGUAUGAUGUUGAAGCUGAAAAAGUCAAUACAUUAAUUCGACCUGAUGGAGAAAAGAAAGCUUAUGUUAGACUUAAAGCUGAUCAUGACGCACUUGAUGUUGCUAAUCGAAUUGGUAUUAUAUAA